AGCUCCCCCUCCACUCCCCCCCCCCCUCUCUCUCUCUCUCUCUCUCUCCCUCUCUCUCCCUCCCCGCAGGACCGCGGUGUUCCAACCGCUGAACGGGCGUUUUGAAUUCGGUGGUGCUGGUGAUGUAACGCUUCUAAUCUCAGCGCUCAACUCCACAAACUGUCACCUCCGCCCCCCAGAGCAUGGGACCCUUCAAACUCUGAAGGUCGAGUACGGUGUCUUCCUGCCUCCCGGUCUCUCUCGUUAUCUCUCAUUCCUCCCUCCGCCUGCCUAACCCCCAACGUCCCUGAGGAGCAACUUUAACGGCUAAUCUCUGUUUGCAGCCGUGACAGGAACGAAUCAGACCAGCGAGACAAAGGACGGGGUAUUUAAUCAAAAAGGGAAAGAUGGAGUCCAUAUUGUCGAAGCAGUCGGCCACAGUGGACGAGCUAGUGGAAGCGUGCAUCCAAGCCUUCGAUGGAAGCGGCACUUUGAAGGACACCUCCUUGGUACGCAUGUUUCUCAUGAUGCACCCGUGGUAUAUCCCCUCAACCGACAUGGCAAAGAAGCUGGUGCUCCAAUCUCAAGAGGAGAGCUGCACUGCCGAGCGCCGAACGAGAAUAUGUCACCUCGUCAAGUACUGGAUCUCUGAGUUUCCAGCAGAGUUUAACUUGAGCCCGGAGCUGGCGGACCAGAUCAAAGACUUUAAAGACCUCCUGAACACAGAGGGCAACGAGAGCCAGAGCCAGCUCAUUGACCUCGACAGUGUGCCAUCAUAUAAAUGGAAGCGGCAGGUGACUCAACGUGUCCCAUCAAUGUCCAAAAAGAGGAAAAUGUCCCUGCUGUUUGACCAUCUCGACUCCUGUGAACUGGCUGAACAUCUGACCUACCUGGAGUACAAAUCCUUCUGCAAAAUCCUGUUUCAGGACUACCACAGCUUUGUGAUGCACGGCUGCACAGUGGAAAACCCAAUCCUGGAGCGUUUCAUCACCCUUUUCAACAGUGUCUCCCAAUGGAUCCAGCUCAUGGUGCUCAGCAAGCCCACUGCCCCGCAGAGGGCCACCGUCAUCUCCCACUUCAUCAGAGUGGCACAGAAGCUGCUGCACUUGCAGAACUUCAACACGCUGAUGGCUGUGGUGGGCGGCCUCAGCAACAGCUCCAUCUCUCGUCUCAAAGACACACAGGCCCACAUCAGUGCCGAGACCAACAAGGUUUUCAACAACCUCAUUGAACUGGUGACGUCGUGUGGGAACUACAGUCAAUACCGAAAGCGCUUCUCCGAGUGCUCUGGCUUCCGCUUCCCCAUACUCGGCGUGCACCUGAAAGACCUGAUAGCCGUGCACGUGGCGCUGCCAGACUGGGCGGACAAAGAGAAAACGCGGGUCAACCUGGCGAAGGCCCAACAGCUGUACGCCAUCCUUCAAGAGCUGGCGUUGAUCCAGACCACACCACCUCACGUCGACGCCAACACAGACCUGCUCAACCUGCUCACGGUGUCUCUGGACCAGUACCACACAGAGGAGGAGAUCUACCAGAUGUCGCUGCACAGAGAACCUCGUAAGCCGGCGGUGAGCAUCACAUCACUGGAGACUCAGAACUCCAGCCCCGCCAGCGCGCCCGACCCCAAGCCCACCAUGAUCGACGAGUGGGCUGUGUCGGUGAAGCCCAACGCCGACCCGACGAUCAUCAAGAAACACAUAGAGAAGAUGGUGGAAUCCGUCUUCAAGAACUUUGACUCGGACGGUGACGGCCACAUCUCCAGGGAGGAAUUUGAAGCGAUCAGGAACAACUUCCCAUACCUCAGCAAGUUUGGUGAACUGGACAAAAACCAAGACGGGAAGAUCAGCCGAGAGGAAAUGAUAGACUACUUUAUGAAAGCCAGCUCUCUGCUGAACUGCAAGAUGGGUUUCAUCCACACCUUUACGGAGGCCACCUACGUAAAGCCCACGUUCUGCGAGCACUGCGCCGGCUUUAUAUGGGGCUUCUACAAGCAAGGCUACAAGUGUAAAGGUGAGAGAGCAAUGCGUUUAGGUCUGACUCAGUCGGUGUGUGCUCUACCUAGAAGGGUGAAGACUUCAAAGAAAUAGCAAUUCCUUUUGACUGCAUUGAUUUCCCAGCAAUCACACACACACACACACACACACACACACACACACACACACACACACACACACACACACACACACACACACACACUUGCCCCCUGUACAUAGAGAUCAACAGAGUACUGAGUAAAUGUCAUCAACACAGAAACCAUGACAAAUAAACGUCACUCUUCAAAUACCUGUGCACCAAACAAUGCACCUUUUACCAACAGGUCAAUUCGCUCUAUACAGCUAUAGCCACACGACACACAAUGCACAAUUAUUUACUGUUUGAUAGCUCCUUGUAGUCAAGUAUUUGGAGAAGCUGGUUUAUUCCACAGAUGCCCAUUCACACAGGCAAGCCAGCGACACCUCAUCUUCUCCUCCUCAUUAUCUUCAUAUACACACAUGUUCAAACAGCUGGCUUCUUUUCUCUCUGUGGAUGGGAUGCAAACCAAUGCAAGUAGUGAUAAUGUGCUGACAUUCAGUACACUAAAUACAUUCCUUCCUUCUGGAUGUCAAACAAAGAGUUUACAAACACAUUUUAGAUGCAAACAUCUGCCAGUGCCUUACGAGAAGUGAUUAACUCCACCUCAGCUUUGGGAAUGGGAUAAGUUGGAGUGGGAUACUUUUUUUAUCUAGGUCAUUUUACAUUUUCAAUCAAUUUUUUUCUACCAGAUAUUUUAGACUGGAAAAGUUUAAGCUUAACAACGUACAUAUUGGAGUCUUCUCAAAACAGCCGUUAAAAAUAUAAAAAAGACAACAUAAAAAAACACUUUAAAAUAUAAAAUUUGCAAACCCAGAGUACCAAAAUCCCCAAAUCCAGAAAUGGUCAUUUAAAGGCAGCAGCAAACCAAAAGGCCUUUAAUCUGGAUUGAAAGGAGCUGAGCCAGCUUUCUGGGACCUUGUUCCAGAUAUGUGGUGCAGAAAAAA